UCAGGAAGACGCAAUCAGUUUGCGCUCUGCCUGCCUGCGACCUGGCGUGCCGGUGACUGAAGGAGGAGCUGUGUGCUAGUAUGGACCCCCAGGACAAUGCUGGGCUUGAAGGAAAAGAGACCGAACCCGGACAGGUCCGCGCAGUUACAUCUGGAGAGGGUCAAAGAAAGAAACUGGAACAGGAGAAAUUGUCCGGAGUGGUCAAGAACGUCCAUAGGAAGUUACGCAAGAAAUACAGAGAAGUGGGGGACUUCGAUAAGAUCUGGCGGGAGCAUUGUGAGGAUGAGGAGACGCUCUGUGAGUACGCGGUGGCCAUGAAGAACCUCGCCGACAACCACUGGGCCAAGAGCAGUGAGGGCGAGGGACGCAUCGAGUGGUGCCGGAGUGUUUGCCAGGAGUACUUUCUAGACGGUGGAAUGAAGAAAAUGUUGGAAAAGGAUGAGAAAAGAGCUCGUCUUGCAAUUGCUAUGAGUGCUACACCUCUUAAUGCACACUGGAACAGUGCACCGCAGAACCAUUGCAAAGAUGAAGACAGAAACCACUGUGGCACUAUCCUUGACAAAGAAGGAAUCUUGCUGGAGACAUCGGAACCAUCAUGGAUGGGUUACCAAUCAGGAAAAAUUCGUUUGCUGGAUGUGGGCAGCUGCUUUAACCCAUUUCUGAAGUUUGAUGAAUUCCUGACUGUGGGCAUUGAUAUUGUGCCUGCUGUUGAGAGUGUGUACAAGUGUGACUUCCUUAACCUCCAGCUCCAGCAGCCACUCCAGCUGGCACGGGACGCCGUUGAUGCCUUUCUCAAGCAGCUCCGCAGCCCCAUUGAUGCCCUUCCCGGAGAGCUCUUCAACGUGGUGGUAUUCUCUCUGCUUCUCUCCUACUUCCCUUCCCCCUAUCAGCGCUGGAUCUGCUGCAAAAAGGCCCACGAGCUGCUGACUCUGAACGGCUUGCUUCUAAUCAUCACUCCUGACUCCUCCCAUCAGAACCGUCACACCCUGAUGAUGAAGAGCUGGAAGAUCGCCGUGGAGUCACUGGGUUUUAAAAGGUACAAGUAUGUCAAGUUUUCUCACAUGCAUCUCAUGGCCUUCAGGAAAGUCUCCUUAAAGACCACCAGCGAUCUUGUCAGCAGGAACUACCCGGAGAUGCUGUACAUCCCUCAGGAUUUUAACUAUCUCGAGGAGGAGGAGUUUUCGGAUGUUCUUAUCCCUGCACGCUCCGAGUUCGAGGAGGACCAGCUGGUCUGCAGUUUUAUGGAGCUCCCUGACGCACCUUACGAUUCUGACUCGGGAGAGAGCCAGACUGGCUCUGUUCCAGUUCAAGAGCUGGAGGACCCUAUAUUACUCCAGACCUGAUGGAAAUACUAACUAACCUUAAGGAGAUAAUGACGACAAAAAAAAACUUGCCUUUUAUUGUCUGAGCUGCUGUGUUGCCAAAAUAACUCUGCUGUAUUUUGAUGCUCUUUGUGUAACAAAAAUGUACAGUUUGCACAGAAAAAAAAAAGUUUACAGAAGUUGAUUACAAUGGUUCUUCUGCAUCUGGUAUGGAAAAACAGCACAUUGGUGUGGGGGCUUUUUUUAACAGAAAAAACAGGGCAGGUAGUUGAAAGCAUUUUUGGAGGGAGAAUUAGCCUUAUACUUCCUAUUCUGUCCUUUAGUUGAUCAUGUGAGGUCAGCAGAUAAAACCAUCUAUUAUAAACCUUUUAAAAUGAUCCAUGUUUUUUCGAUGCACUAUAUUUCUUCUUGCGGCAGAUUGAAAAGCCAAAUAGUAAAGCAACAUGAGGACGUGUGUCUUGGCUCUUUCGUGUCAGCCUUUGAAUUUAAUGGGGGCGGGGGGGAGAGGGGAACAAGGUGUUGUUAAUGAAAAAUGAAACUUCUUUAAGAAGUUUUGCUUUCUGCCUAGAGUUGGGCUGUAAUUUGCACCACUUCUGUUUUGUAUUUGUGCAUUUAGUCUGAUAGUUAAAUUUUCUUGACGAACAAUGUGGUCUGUUCACUUUUGAACAAACUGGUGUUGGCCAUUUUUUUAAAGGCAGCAAUACCAAUUUAACUUAGCAUCUUUUGGCUGCUGACACUGGGAACCUCUUAAUCAUUUUAAGCUUCUCCAGCACUCGCAGAUGUGCUUUUAUAUUUUACUGCUGUGAAUCUGUGAAAACAAAUGGUUUUCUUUGAUAAACUUAGAGUAUAAUUACUUGGUACUUGUAAAGCAACCCAUUCAGACUGUGAUUGACUUUGCUCUGUGCUUCUUCACAAGACAAAUGUAAGUUUACUAUUUGUCUCGCAGGUACUUGCCUUUUUACUCAGUUUAAAAAUGUUCCAAACACAAAUCACAUUGAAAGCUCAUGUAAAUGUAAAGCUUGAUAUUUUUCAGUAUCCGGUGUUUAACUUAACAAAUAUCCUGCCUUUUGGAAUAUAGAAAGAGCAUUGCAUUAGAAAACAAAAUUGAAAUUCAUAACUUCUUCCUAUGAUAAUCUCUAGCUGUAUUUUUUAUGUUUGUUGUUCUCCUCUCUAGGGGAUCCUUCAGAUUUGAAUCUAGUUAUAUUGUAGACAGUUUCAAGCAGCUGUUCCUUUCAUCAGCCAAAAGUAAUUUGACACAAAAGACAUUUAUCCAAAUGCCUUUGUGUUGAGCUGUCAGUGUCUCAUAGUUCUUUAAAAUAAUUUACCUCAUAAUGAGGGUUUUUUGCACUAAUAUCCUCUCUGGUCUUAGACAAAGUUAGUUUUGCUUUGAGUGCAUUUCUGCAAUAGCUUGGCGUGACCUUAAAGAAGUACUGUAUUUAACAAUAUUGUAGGGGUGUUCUGUUAUGGUUCUUAUUAACACUAGCAAAUUGGCUGAUAACGUUGCACUUAUGAUAUUGUUUUGGGUUGCUGAACCUUAUAUACAGUUCUGUCACUCUUUUCAAUGUAUUUUGUUAUCCCCCAAGUGUGCCAAAACCUGUAAAUGUAACAAAAUCAGUUCUUGUUCCAUGUUACAGGUAGAUGUGAUAAAAUAAUGUGAAAGGGGAAAUGUUCUACAAAUUCUUUAGCCUUUUAAGCUUUAAGAUACAGAAGAGUUUACUGUUAGCCAAACAUACAAGUUAUCUUUCAGUAGUAGCUCAAGGCCAUUCAUUAGGGUGCCUUCUUAGCCAUAUAUAUAUAUUUCAUUAAGUGUUCUGUUCAUGCUCUACAAGCUGUGUGGUUUAAGUUUCAUGACAUGUACACAAUAACUUCCCAAUAAGUAUAUUUCAGAAGUUUAUCUUCAGUUAUUCCCCAAAUAUUCCCAUAAUUUGGCAUAAUUGAUUUAUAACUUCAGGAAACACUAAUUUCAAUUUAUAAAUAAUUGGUGUUAUUUUGUAUUAGCAGUGGUCCUUGUAGUAAUUAAUUGCUGAAAUGUAAUGUUCCCCUCUCAUUUUUAUAUUCAGCUUUCAAGAGCAGUCCAUCACUACUUUUACUGAAACAUUUUUGUUUUGCUAAUUAACGCUAGCCUUGUUUCAUAAAUCCUACUUCUUUACCUUUCUGUAAACAUAAAAUGUAUGUUUACAUUGUUUUUUUCUCUCUGUGAACUUGAAGCCUUGAUGCAUGAUACUUCAGCCUAACUUUACAUUUACAUAACUGUAGAUGCCAAGAUUGUGCAUUGAUGGUUUAAAAUCUUUUUGAAUGCACAGAAGUCUAACAAACUUUUUUCAUCUGUGUUCUUUAUUUUUGUAAGACUUUCUAUCCAGUUACUUAAGAAAGGGAGGCGAGCUGUUUGAAGAUUACAAAUAGUCCAACAUAAGAGCAUCUCUCUCCAGUGCAUAAAACUAAUGGUCUCACAUUGUUACAGCCCUGGGGAGCAUGCUACUCCUGAUGGUUUGCAAAGACCUCAAAAAUUAAAUCUGGGAUUGAGAGAAAAAGAGAAAACAAAACAGAAAACCUUUCAGAUUUUUUAGAAAACAUGGUGAAACAAAUAUUUCCAAAUCUAUUAUCCUUUAAAUGUUGUGUAUGUUUCAUCUGGUUUCAGUAAGUUGUUCCUCUUUCAGGGACCCCAGAACCAUGAAUUGAAAGUCUAGAGCUUGCAUGUCUCUUUUAGACUUGCACAGAUCUUUGUGAGUAAAACAGUGCCUCUUGUCCUGGUGGAGAUUUGAAAGGAGAGCAAAGCAUGUGGUUAAGGUUUUGGAAAACUGUAAAAGCAGUUGGACUAAAACGGAUUGUUUUUUUAUUUUUUUGUUGUUUUUGUAUUCCACUGUCCUUCUGCAUGACCUACUUUGGUUUCCUUGUACAAGAAAUAUAUUUUGACUAUCACAGAGCACAAACAUGCUUGUAUUGUUCAAUGUCUGUUCCUUUUAUAAAUGAAUGUGAAUGCA